AUGAUGUACACUAGGAGUGGGUUACGUUUCUGGAGUGAGAUACCGACACGUGAAGGUCCUGAGAAUCUACAUGGAUGUCAAGAUAUUGCGUUCAAAGACAACAAGCUUUACGUUCUAAGCCGACAAAACCAAAUCAGAAUCUUGGACUUCUCUCAAGAACUCCCUCUAGCGUUAGCUAAUAACGUUGAACAUCAACCGUUUACAAAUGAAAGACCAUGGCGAGUUAAGAUCGGAGUUACAGUCUCCGGACAUGUUUUGAUGGUUAAGAAUCGGGUAGGUGAGGGUCCGAAGAUGUUAAAGAUUUUAAAGAGGGAUCCAGAAGGGACAAGUUGGGAUACUGUGGAGUCAUUAGAGGGAGAAGCUUGGAUCAUGGAUCUUGGUGUGACGAUACCAGCAGUAAAUUGGACUAAACCAAACUCGGUUUAUAUCUGCAAAGAUAAGCAUGUUUAUUUGGGAGAUGUUUCGACUCGAAUGUUGGGGAGGGUCCUAGAUGUCAACUUGAAUCGUAGGUUAAGUCACGCGAGGUGGUUUAUUCCUAGUCUUCGUGAGUUAUAA